UUGAGUCUCAUGAUAUGCUGAUUAAUCACUUACAGCAGAUUCAUUCUCUAAGUAUCAAGACAUCACUUUUUACUUUUAAGAAUGAAGAAGAAUUUGAGACUUGGAGAGCACUUGAUAACAGAAAUGUGGAUUACGUAAAACGAAGAGAUCGUAAAAUCAGCGAUGGACAGGUGGUAUAUUAUGAAUGCAAUCGUAGUAAUUUUUCAGGAUAUACUAGCCAAUGUAGCAAACGCAGCAUGAAAACUGGGGGAAGUAUCAAAAUCUCUGGUUUCUGCCCUUCUAGAAUUCGUGUGAAGAUAUGUAAUACAGGGGUGGAUGUUAAAUUUGUUGAAACACAUGUUGGUCAUGACGAUCUACUGCGAUCUAAACAUUUGACAAAGGACCAGCAGGAAAUGAUUGCUAGUAAAUUGGCAGCUGGAGUCACAAAAGAAAGAAUUUUGGAAGAUGCAAGAACUAUAACCGGCAAUAAGCUAGAAAGAAUUAAUGUGCUUAAAAGGGCAGAUCUUGCUUAUAUUAUAAGAAAAUUCAACAUAGAGAAGAGGAGACAUGAUGAUGACAUGGUUGCCACCACUUUAAAAGUGAAAGAGUGGAACAGUCAAGGAAAAAAUUAUGUUUUUUUGUUCAAGCAAAUUGGAGAAACCUACCCAGGAUUGAAGGCAGAAGACUUUGCUCUAGGAUUCAUGAACGAUGAUAUGGAGAGAAAGCUCAAACAAUUCAAAAGGAUAAUAUGCAUCGAUGGAACCCAUGGCACGAACUCAAGACAUUAUGAUCUGACUAUAGUUUUAGUCAAAGAUGAGAAUAAAAUCGGUUUCCCGGUGGCUUUCUUAUUAUCGAAUAGACUGGAUCAAACCAUCCAAAAUAUUUUUUUUGAUGCUUUGAAAUCUAAGAUUGGAGAGCCAGUGGACGCAGAAUAUAUUAUGACCGAUGAUGAUAUAAAAUAUUAUAAUGCAUGGUGUCAGGCAAUGGUAACUGAAAGAAAGCCAAGAAGGCUCCUCUGUACUUGGCAUGUUAUUAAGAAUUGGAAUAUACAGGGGAGAAACAAGUUGAAGAAUGUGGACAACAAAAAAGAGAUGAAAAAUAGAAUGCGAAAAAUUUUGAAGGAGACUGAUGUAUCAACAUUCCACAAGAUGAAAGACGAAUAUUUCAAGCAUUUGGAAGAAGGACAGGAAAAUGAAUUUUUGAAAUAUUUAAAGAAUUAUUAUUUCCAAAGUGAAGAAAGAAUCAUGAUGUGGGCUCACUGCCACAGAGUAAAUGUUGGGAUUAAUACCAACAUGGCUAUAGAAAGCUUGAAUAAAGUAUUGAAGUACAAUAAAAUGAGGGGAAAUCAGAAUUUACGGGUAGAGAAAUUACUGGACACUUUGGAGGAAUUGGUAAAUGAAAAGAUGUGGAAAAACAUUAUUGACACUGAAAGACCUUCUGCCAAUCAAUACCAGGCCAGAGUUAACCGAGAAGCUCAUUCGAAAGCAGAAAAUGGACUGACCGAUAAAGUAGUAUGCUUAGAAACUGGUGAGUUUAGAGUACCAUCGGAAUCCGUGAGUAAUAAAUUUUAUAUUGUGUCAUAUAAUGAGUUGUGUGAUAAGGAUUGCACAUCUCUAUAUUGCAUUAAGUGCAAAAUAUGCAUCCAUAGGUUUAGAUGUCAAUGUGCAGAGUUUACUAUAAAAACUGCCAUGUGUAAACAUAUACAUGCAGUUGCUCUGGUCGCAGAGAGAAGCGAUUCUGUUUUAGGUGUGAGAACUGUAAAUGAUGAUGAUGAGGACAACAACUUAUAUAUAUGUCAACCAUCAACAAGUAGGGCUGCUUAUGAAAUGGAUGUCCAGAGUGUCGUAGGUGGAUCCAGUCAAAUUACAAAUGAUCCAAUAGAUUCUACUACAAAAGAUAUUGUAUUAGAACAAGCUAGAAUGCAGCUUGGUUUAUUGGAUGUGGGUACCCUUCGUAACAUUGCAAAAAUUAUUAGAGACGCUUAUAACUUGCAAUGCAAUAAUGCUUCUACCAGCAGAAAAAGAAAAAUAGAGAAACAGUUGUAUUUCCCAAAUCUAAAUGAGAUAAUUAAAUAAUGUUAGAAGAGGAAAAUUGGAAUUGAAAGAGUCCUUAUGUAUUUUUCUAUUGCAACAUGUUGGUGUAAGGAUGGUUUUAAGGCUAUACUUGAAAGAGCUUUCUAUUUCAGACUUUGAAUUUCAACCACCUCGGAGAAGACUCUAAUUUCCCUUUUUGGAAGAAUCAAGAUAAGAUGUCCUUCAGUAUUGAAUAUCUCCUGUUAAUUUUGUUUUGUUUUUUUUUGUAAACACGGGGAGGCAGGGUUUUUUCUUCUGAGGUUUUUCCCUGAGCUCUUGUAUCAUACGCAGAAUUGUAUGGUUCCCCGUUGCACUAACCUCAGCUAAAUAUUAACAUGAAUAAAGAAGCAUGUUAAUCAUA